AUAGGCGGCUGGGCGGAGUCGCUCCCCUCCGACGGUCCUAGGCGCACGCUCCAGACCACAGCCAUGGAGCGUCUGGUGCGAGUGAAAACUUGGGUGGAGGAGAACCGAGCCUCCUUCCUGCCCCCGGUCUGCAACAAGCUCCUGCACCAGAAGCAGCUCAAAAUCAUGUUCGUCGGGGGCCCCAACACCAGGAAGGACUACCACAUCGAGGAGGGUGAGGAGGUGUUUUACCAGCUGGAGGGUGACAUGGUUCUCCGAGUCCUAGAGCGAGGGAAGCACCGGGAUGUGAUCAUUCGGCAGGGAGAGAUAUUCCUCCUGCCCGCUGGGGUCCCCCACUCUCCACAGAGGUUUGCCAACACCAUGGGGCUGGUGAUUGAGCGGAAGCGGCUGAAAACGGAGCUAGAUGGGCUCAGGUACUACGUGGGGGACACCACAGACGUCCUGUUUGAGAAGUGGUUCUACUGCGAGGAUCUCGGCACACAGUUGGCCCCCAUCAUCCAGGAGUUCUUCAGCUCUGAGCAGCACAGAACAGGAAAGCCCAUCCCCGACCAGCUGCUCAAGGAACCGCCGUUCCCCCUGAGCACACGAUCCAUCAUGGAGCCCAUGUCCCUGGAGGCCUGGCUCGAUGGCCACCGCAGGGAGCUGCAGGCGGGCACACCCCUCAGCCUGUUUGGGGACACCUAUGAGACCCAGGUGAUUGUCCACGGACAAGGCAGCAGCAAAGGCCUGAGACAGGACGUGGACGUGUGGCUGUGGCAGCUGGCAAGUGGGGCCCCCAGGAGAGGGUGGCAAUGUCCUGCCCAUGGGGACCAGGCUGCUCCUGGGCCUUGGACUCUCAUAGCCCAGACAGGCCCCCAGGGCCUCCUUGCCAAGGCAGAUUCAGAGACAAUUGGGCAGGUGCUGAGGUCCGGCAGCCUCCAUUUGAUUCCCCUGCUCCUCUUUCCAGAAGGGCUCCUCCGUGGUGACGAUGGGGGGACAGUGCCUGAGCCUGAACCCCGAUGAUAGCCUCCUGGUGCCAGCCGGGACUGUGCAUGCCUGGGAGCGAGGGCAAGGCUCUGCAGCCCUGGCUGUGACCCAGGACCCUGCCUGCAAGAAACCCCUGGGGUGAUCCUCUUGCUGUGGACCCAAAGCAGCCACAGGGUGUGCCCGAGCACCACCUCUUCCAAAUAACUCUCCCAACCCCACUGCUUCUGCCUGUACUGCUGCUAAGUGACUCAGUGUCCCUGACACUGGGCCCUGGACAACAUUGUCAUCCAUCCUCCUCCUGUUCCUCUCGGCUGGGAUGCCAGGCUCCCAGGGGGCUGGUCACUCCCUUCUCCUGUAACAGCCCUCUGCCCUGAACAGUCCUGCCUGGUGGUCUGCCCCCUGAGGCUGGGCUGCCUCCCCAUCCCUCUGUCUCCAGCGCAGCACUUGCCUGCCACCAAGAAGGCCCUCAAUAAAGGCUUCCUGGUGGA